ACAGCAGAUUAGUUAAUAUUUUUUUUGUAUCCAGACCACUUUGGAUCAGGUUCUAUUACGAAAAUAAAAAUAAAUAAUAAAUAAAAAAUUAAAAUUGCAAUAGCUACCUAUAAAUGCAGUUCAGUACUUAAAUGUAUUAUGCAUUCCAGAUCUGUACAGUCUUAAAUGUUGCAAUUUAUUUAUAUUUAUUUAUAUAAUUAAUUAGUCAGAACCUGAUCAAAUGUGAUAAGGAAGGCUAAUUAUUUUAAAAAAUCCAGUUUUUGCAUUUUUACAAAUAAGAAAUUGUGUUAAAUAAUCUAUAUGUUGUUCAGAAAAUUCCGUCCAGAUUUGAAUAGUUUUUGUACUGUAGUUUUUGAGCGGGACCUGGUUUAACGUCGUCUGGUCUAAUAAAACAGUUUCUGGAUAUGACAAAUCAGAAGCGAACUUCAGUUUGGUUUACUCCACUUCUGUUAAUGUAGUAAUUCUGUAUCCUAGGUCUCUGGAAGUGUUCUGACACCGUGCCGACAUGUUUUCGGGCUCUCUUUAUGCGCUUUUAGCGGGUUUUCUCGGCGCCGCUGCCUCUCUGUCAGCCAAGCUGUCGCUUGGUUCGGACUACCUGAAGGAGAUGUGCGAGUCAGGACUGCGCGACGGGACAGAAACUGACGGCGGAUCUCCAGUCUGCGACUGGCUCCACAUCCCCCUCCGGCUGCUGUGUGGAGGUCUGCUCUUCACCUGUAACGCCGUCAUGUGGGCUUUCUUCUCCAAGGCUCUCCAUUACUCCUCCUCCUCAGCCAGGGCUACUGUCACCACCACUGCCUCCAACUUCAUCUCCUCUGGCGUCCUGGGGAGGCUCAUCUUUGGAGAGACACACAUGGCUCUGUGGUGGGCCGGCAUCUCUCUCACUCUGUGUGGACUGUUAGUGCUUCAUAAUGCAGCACCUCACGCACGCCCUCAAGACGAUGGCAAAAAGGACAAGUGAUGCAUCGUGAAGAUUUCCGUCAACUUUCGAAGGCACAAAGAAGCGGAGAGAAUUCUUAAGAAGUGGGCGAGUCUGUGUCUUUAAGUACAACCAAGGAGUUCUUGUUUUCUGGAGUUUAAACUUUGGCGUACAGAUGUGCAUAUUCAAAACUGCUGUCUUGUAAAAACAAAUCCUCAACACCUGCAACAAGACAUUUCAGUUUAUUCUGUCCUGAGUGGAUUUUACAGAGAACUGGUGCACAUAAAGACUGAAGUCAUGGACAUUUUUGUUGUAAGAUGUGAGGAGGACAUUAGCAGUUAUGCAUAAUCUUUUUGAUGGAAUUGUUUUCUUUGGUGGAAUUUUAGCUGCAUCGUGACACGACAACGGCUUUAGUUGCUGAAUCUUGAACUGAACAUAAAAAUACUUUUCCUCAGUAAGUUCUAUUUAUCGUAAGCUGGCAGCAGCUCUGUAGAAAUGAAUGUGAUGCCUGCAGAAAGACAGGACGUGGGGCAGGUUAUGUGUAGACCAGGAAUUAAAGAGGUGGUUUACGUUAUCUGGAAAUAAACACUCUGACUUCCUUGUAAAGAAGUUUGACAAGCAGCAAGCUGUGAUGUUAAAAUGGUCUACAGGAGGAAAGAGUCGGUCCUGCUCCUUCCAGAAUAAACACCGUCAGCUACAAUAUCUGAGCUAGAAGUUCGCAUUGGACAAGCUGGUAGCUUUUUUUCUCAGAUUGUGACACUAUUUGUUAUAUUUUUUAAGAUUUAAGACGUUUUUUUAAUACUUAAAUUUUUGCAUUUGUAUUAAAUUAAAUUAAACAUU